CACAAAGGAGAGAGAGAGUAAACAAAGAUGGAAAUGCCAGAGGUAAUUGUGCCCAACCCACACUUGUUGCAGAGCGACCACCUACUCAAGUACAUAUUGGAGACGAGCGUGCACCCCAGAGAGCCACAGAUUCUCAAGGAGCUCAGGGAUACUACUGCCGCCGUAGAUGCCCGGUCUCCAAUUGCUUUGGAUCCACAUUCUGGACAAUUAGUGGGUAUGCUUCUGAAGAUGCUGAAUCCAAAGAGAACCCUUGAGAUUGGGAUCACGGCGAUAGAUCCGAAAGCGGAAUGGUACGAGGUGGGGCUGCCCUUCAUUAAAAAGGCAGGAGUUGAGCACAAAAUUGACUUCGUCCACUCGAUAGCACUUCCCGUUCUUGACGAUCUCCUCCUCCAAGGUGGAAAUGAAGGGAGCUUCGAUUUCGCGUUCGUGGACGCCGACAAGAACAACUACGGCAACUACCACGAGCGGCUGAUGAAGCUGGUGAGGAUCGGCGGCGUGAUAGUCUACGACAACGUCCUGUGGGGAGGCACGGUGGCGAGCCCCGACGGCGAUGGUGUCCCCGACCACAUGAAGGAGAUCAUGGCGAUGGCGAUUGAGUUCAACGGGAGGAUCGCCGGCGAUGACCGCGUCGAGAUCUGCGUCGCCCCCGUCGGUGACGGCCUCACCAUCUGUCGCCGGAUUUCUUGAAUUCAUAUAAUUACUACUUUCUGAUCGAUUUAUUCAUGCUUUCUUAAUCCUUUGUGUUGUUGCCGGAAAAUAAAAUGAUAUGCUCUCCAUAUCGCUGCGAUUAGCCUGUUUGUUUGUAGGCUCGUGAAUUAAUUAAGCACAUGCUUGUAAUUGUUUCUCGUCGCAAUUCAGGAAAGCUAGGUUUGCGGUAAUCAUAUGUAAUGCCAAUUUUACCCUUCUCCGUCGCCAUCGGCGUGUAAUAAUCGCACGAAAUCCACAUCAACUAAGAGCUUCAAAUCAUUAGAUAAUUUGUAUUUAUAUUAAAUUGUCUA